CUGACUGCAAAAUCUUCAUCCACAUCAGUAGAUUUUUGAACUGAAAAGCAGCAACACUUUCUGGAUGAUCACAUUUUGACAGAUCCAACGAUACGUUGAGAAGAUGAGGAUUUGUUUUCUCUUCUGUAUUUUCCGCCUGAUGAGCCACAGCGUUAAUGUUAAAGGUGACAGAGGACCACCUGGACCACCAGGACCACCUGGACCACCUGGACCACCUGGACUGCCAGGACCAAGUGGACUUGUUAUCCCAGGGGGCAUUGCACAACCUGGACCACGUGGACCACCUGGACGAGAUGGAAUAGAUGGACCAAGAGGACCACGUGGAUACCCCGGACUGCCUGGACCUGUUGUUGUAUGUGGACAAGAACUCUUUAAAUCUUUCACGCAAGAUGUUGAAGGACUGAUGAAGAUCACCGCUAAGCUGGACCUUGCUAUGACCUUUGACUUUGUGAGGAAGGUGGGUCAGAAAUACUUUGUGUCCAACAAGGAGAGAGGAUCUUUCCAGAAGGCUGCAGAUUUCUGCCAGCAACGAGGCCUGGAGCUGGCUCUGCCCCAGAGUGAGGAGGAGAACCACAUGCUGCGUCAGCUGAUGGGUCAAGAUGAGAAAAGAGCCUGGAUCAACGUCAACGUGAGAAAAGCAGAAGGGAACUUCCGGUCCGACAUGAAAAAUCGACCUCUGACCUUCUCCAAAUGGGGAGAAAGACAGCCGGAUGGAGGCAUUCGGGACAGCGGCUGCAGCAUGGCAGCGGAGGACGGCGUCUGGAGAGUGACAGCAGACUGUUCACUGGACGCUGACAUCAUCUGUCAGCUGUAGAAAGAUCAUCCACCAGGAAGGAAGCACCACCCGAAAGAAAUCAGUUUAUUGUUUGCUUUCUUUUGACAUUGUUGGGUCUUUUUUUAUAAUUUGCAACCAUUUCUUUACUUAUCCUGUAUGUUCUUAAGAGACCAGACCUGCAUUGUAUAUUAGCUCAGACUAUAAAUGCUCAAGUGCUCAGCAUUGGUCAUACCUAACACUUGAACAAGUAAACUAAUAAACGAGACAGAAAUGA